AGCGUCCAGUACAAGCGGAAUUAUGCAGGCGAUCGUGUUCAACGGCAAAACGAAGGACGUGAAGUACGUGCGCAACCAUCCCAUGGCUAAAAUAGUCCAAGACAAUCAAGUAAUUGUUAAGGUCGCUUAUUCCGGCAUUUGCGGAACUGAUCUUCAUAUAAUUCAGGGAGAAUUCCCCGUGCGCCAGGAACCGGCCCUAACCCUCGGCCAUGAGUUCAGCGGGGUGGUGCACGAAGCGGGAAAACAAGCCUUCUUGAAGAAAGGACAGCGCGUGGUGGUUGAUCCUAAUAGCCAGUGCCUUCAUUGCGAGUAUUGCCGCAAGGGCCGGUACCAGUUCUGCGCGGCGAAGAAGAACAUUGGCAUCUGGGUUGACGGGGGCUGGGCUCAAUACGUCGUAGUCCCGCAAGACAAUGUCUACCCUAUCCCUGAUGAAGUUACUUUAGAACAGGCCUCUCUGUGUGAGCCGUACUCCUGCAUAGCGCACGGCUUCGACCGAACCUCACCAGUGUCGGUGGCAGACCGAGUGUUGGUGCUGGGCGCUGGCAUUAUAGGUAACCUGUGGCUAACGACAUUGCAUCUCCACGGCCACAGAAACGUGACGGUCUCUGAAAUGAACAAGGCAAGACUGGAUAUUGUUAUGAAUUUGAAUUUGGGAUUCAAGCUGGUUACUCCGGAUGUGUUGGAGAGCGAAAAGUCACAAUAUGAUGUCAUCAUUGACUGCACGGGUGUGCCCAGGGUGCUGGAGACCAGCUUUGACUUGGUGAAGCCGGGCGGCAAGUACGUGGUCUUCGGGUGCGCGCCGCAGGGCAAGAAGGCCAGUAUAACACCUUUUGAUAUAUUCGACAAGGGGCUCACCGUAAUCGGCGUGAAAGUUAAUCCAUUCACAUUUCCCACCUCUAUUGGCUGGCUCAAGACUAUGGGAGACAGAUAUCUGGAUUACAAGAAGCUGGGCAUUAAGACAUAUUCAUUGGAGCAGUAUGAGCAAGCUUUUGCAGACUUAAAGUCUGGAUCCAUUUCCAAGGCUAUGUUCAAAAUAGAAUAAGUAACAUUGUUGA